GGCAAAGUGGCUAGGAGGUUUAACAUCCAAACAUGCCUUCUGCCGACACCAUGUUCCCCGUCAUGACCAAGGAUCAGUCAGGCUUGGAGGAGCAGCCCUCAUAACGCUGGACGCAAGACUGGCGUGACCGGCAGGGAUACGAAAAGGCAGAAGGGCACGAAGGGCUCACACAUUGGCUUUCCCGGCCCCUGAGGCCGAAGGGAAGCAUGGGGCUUGUCAGGAAUCUCAUCCACUCGCAACUUGUCAACUCGCCCUGCGGACAAUGACCGCAGAUAGAAUUCUGGGCUUAUUCUUCGCGGCAGACCUUAUCCCGGAAGCCGUGCUCAAUUGGCAAUCUUCUGGCGUUGCUUCCGGACAUCUGAAACUGAACAGGCAGGUCCGACCGGUGCCAGAAUUCGAUGCCCGUUCUCCACCCGUUUGCCUUGAUCUGAUCCCGGCCAGCCAGCCGAUGGACUGUUCAAUGUUUGGCUGCCAAUCUGUCAAAUAUGGUUUAUCCGGACAUACGAAUAUGGAUGCUAUUGCAACUGGAAGGGACUCCAAGGGCCGCCAAAAGAUAUUCAAGAUCAUUGGAGAGGAAGGGGGAGACAGGAGAAGGACAGGGAAGGGCGGCCAGGGCCAGUGCCAGACUCCAGAGCCGGAUGGCGAUGCUCAUCAACAAUCCCUACAUCGUACCCAAAAGACUCCUUGUCUUCAUCCACCCAGCCCACUGUCCAUCCGCUUCCUCAUCCCCUCCCAUCUUUCGUCCCCUGGAGCUUGAACCCAGCCUUAACAUGGUCCAAGCGCCCUGUCAAAUCGUAAAAAAAACUUCAUUUUGGGGCUGGGAACUCCUCCCCCGACGUGCCAGGGUGUACCCUAGCACCUGUCACGGUUUCUGGCGAGCGAAUCGCAUUCCGUUCUCGCAUCCAAGGUGGUCUGGAUGCGAAUUCCCGACGACGGCGGUAUUCGACAUUUUCAAUACAUUGUAACCUUUUUUGACAACGAACGUCUUGUGGAGAGGAAAGGAGGAGGAGGAGGAGGAGGAGGAGGCAACAGGCCAAGGGAAACUCGACAUGCAGAGAUUCG